GGCGCCCCUCCCCCACCCGCCGGCGAUGCCCGACGCCCCCCCGCCCCGCCGGCCAUGAGUUCCCCGCCCGACGGCGCCCCCUCCUCCGACUGCAUCAUCGUCCUGGACGACGACGACGGCGGCGGCCGCCCGUCCCCGCCGCCCGCCCCGGCCGCUGCCGCCCCCCUCCGCCCGCGCUCCCCCGGGCCCCACACGCCGCCGCUGAACGGCAGCUCCGUGGAGAAGGGGCUCCGCGCCGACAACGAGCGGCUCUUCCAGGAGUUUUUGGCCUUCUGCUCCAAGCACACCGAGGACCACCCCGAGGUCAUCUCCUACCUGUCUGGCCGCCACCAGAAGACCAGUCCGGAGUACCUGGCCUCUGUGGAGUUCCGCAAUGUCCUGAGCCGCUGCCUGACGCGGGUGCAAGCCAGAAGAAACAAAAUCUACGUUUACAUUAAUGAACUCUGCACCACCUUCCGGGCCCAUUCGCAGAGGAAAAAGGCUGCAGCCCCUGGCCCUGCAGACGCCCAGGAUGCCCCGGCUGCCCUCACCUCCCAAACGCCCUCCGAGCCCGCCAAGCCCUGCGUGGGCUCGAAGCGGCAGAUCCGCUACCUGGAGAACCUGCUGCGGGUUUACGCCAACGAGAUCCAGCGGCUGCAGGAACAGGAGCUGGACUUGGCGGAGCUGGACAGCCAGGAUUCGGCCUACCUGCAGGAGAGCCGUCUCAAGCGCCGGCUGAUGCAUGUCUUCAAGCGCCUCUGCCAGCUGAAGGACUGCAGCAGCCUGACCGGCCGUGUCAUAGAGCAGCGCAUCCCCUACCGCGGGACCCGCUACCCGGAGGUCAACCGGCGCAUCGAGCGGCUGAUCAACCAGCCAGAGGCCUUCCCGGACUUUGCCGACAUCCUCAAGGUGGUGCAAAAGGCCAGCGCCCGUCACAGCCUGGGGCUGCCCAAGCGCCAGAUGGAGGUCAUGGCAGCUGACGCCUUCCGUGACGUGGGCGCCCGGCUGCAAGAGCGGCGUCGCCUCGACCUGGUGUACAACUUCGGCAGCCAUCUCACCGAUCAGUAUCGGCCUACAGAUACUGACCCAGCCCUGGGAGAUGUGGAGUUAGCCAGGCACCUGCAACGCAACCAGGUGCUGGGUGUGCAGCGCCUGGAGGAGGUGAUCACCCAGUUUGCUCAGCUGCAGGACAAGAGCGAGGAGCAGCAGCAGCAGCAGCAGGGCGGGAAGCCCCCCAGGGAAGAUGGCGGAGGGACCCAACCCAGCAGAGCCGUGGAGGGGGAGCCGGCCUCCCAGAAGGAGUCAGUCUCGGGCACAGCCGCCAGAGAGGACAGCGCAGGCUCCAAGGAGAGCAGUAAAAAAAAGGGAUCGUGGGAAGAAGAGGAGGAGGAAGAGGAAGACGAGGAGGAGGAAGAGGAAGACUCGGACUCUGAGUCAGACCUAGACGCAGAGCUGGCCCACUGCCUGGAUGGUGGAGAGGAGGAAGAAGAGGAAGAGGAGGCGGCAGCGGCAGGUGAGGACCCCCCUGCUCUGGAUGCAGAUGUUGACCAGCAGAUGCACCCGGGGGUGCCCGAGGUGGUCCUGUUCUCUGCAGAGGAGGAGGAGGAAGAGGAAGAGGAGGAAGAUGAUGGUCUACCGGCCUCCAGAGACUCUCCUCCCCAGCAGCUGCUCUUGCAGAUGAAGGAGGAGGAGGAGGAGGAGGAGGAGGAAGAGGGGGAGCCAAGCCCAGCCCCUUUGCUUCAGGAGGAGCAGAACAGGGGCCCCCUGCUCCCCAAGCGCAGCCACUCCCUGGAGAACGGGGAGUUCAACGGGCAGCAGCCGCCCAGCAAGAGGAGCCGUGCUUGGGGGCAGCCCCCUGUUUCCAGCAGCAGCACCACCACCACCACCACCAGGUAUGGCUGCAUCAAGGUGGCCAGCUCUGGCGAGGAGGAGGAGGAGGAGGAGGAGUGGCUGUCCCCCCAGAGCCCGGCCCCCAUGGCUGACUCCACCCGACCGGACUCUCCUGGCCUCGGCCUAGUCUCCAGCAGCCAGGGCAGCCCCCGGACCCCAGCCCCGCAGCAGCAGCAGCCACCGGAGGACCUCCUCACCAGGACCAGCGUGGCCACCCAGUGCGAUCCGGAGGAGAUCAUCGUCCUCUCCGACUCGGAGUAGCCGCGGCCGGCCAGCGGACUUCUCUUCGCGGGGAGGGGUGGG